GCAGCAGGUAAACAGUAAAUACAAAUUAUUCUUCAAAGAGAAACGUUUUGACCAUUCGCACUGCAUUGUAUGAUUUGAAGUUCUCUAAGCCUCUCCUUGCGUGGGGAGUGAUGACGUCACAAUGUUGUGUUUGUUGGUGCUGCGAGUGAAGAUGGCGGAUACGGUAGCAUCUGGGCUGGGAGGCGAAAAGGAGAAAGAGACAGAGGACAAGGAGAAGGGGAAAGAGAAAGAGGAACAAGCACAGGACAUCAAGACGGGGUCGGAAAAACUGAACAGCACCCCAGAGAUCACUGAAACCCUGGGCUUUUAUGAGAGGAAGGUAAACCAGGAGAGGAAAAGGAGCCUGUCAGAUCUUUCGUUGCUGAGGUUCAUAAGCACUGAGCUGACAAGAGGAUACUUUCUGGAACACAAUGAGGCAAAGUACACAGAACGGAGAGAAAGAGUUUACACAUGCAUGCGGAUACCAAGAGAAUUAGAAAAGUUAAUGCUUUUCGGAUUCUGUUUGUGCCUCGAUGCCUUUUUAUACGUCUUCACUUUGCUUCCACUGCGAGCCGUCCUUGCCCUGAUCAGGCUCAUCACCUUGCCAUGCUGUGGACUAAAGGCAAAUACAUGCCCAUUCUGCAAAAAGAGACAAAGUAGCAGUGGCACUCGUCUGUUACAGCCUGCCCAAGUAUGCGAUGUCCUAAAGGGCUUUAUUAUGGUCAUCUGCUACUUCAUGAUGCACUAUGUAGACUACUCCAUGAUGUACCAUCUAAUCCGAGGGCAGUCUGUCAUCAAGCUUUACAUCAUCUACAACAUGCUGGAGGUAGCAGAUCGUCUGUUCUCGUCCUUUGGGCAGGAUAUUUUGGAUGCGUUGUACUGGACAGCAACAGAACCUAAAGAAAAAAGGCGAGCACACAUUGGAGUGAUUCCCCAUUUCUUUAUGGCUGUGCUUUAUGUGUUCCUGCAUGCCAUUCUUAUAAUGGUCCAAGCAACAACUCUCAAUGUAGCCUUUAACUCCCAUAACAAGUCAUUGCUCACCAUCAUGAUGUCAAAUAAUUUUGUGGAAAUAAAAGGGAGUGUUUUCAAGAAAUUUGAGAAGAACAAUCUGUUUCAGAUGUCAAAUAGUGAUAUCAAAGAGAGAUUUACAAGUUACGUACUACUGCUGAUAGUGUGUCUAAGGAAUAUGGAACAGUUUUCGUGGAACCCAGAUCACCUGUGGGUUUUGUUUCCUGAUGUCUGUAUGGUAAUUGCCUCUGAGAUUGCUGUGGAUGUUGUAAAACAUGCUUUCAUUACAAAGUUUAAUGACAUUACAGCUGAUGUAUACAGUGAAUACAGAGCCAGCCUUGCUUUUGACCUUGUAAGCAGUCGACAGAAAAAUGCAUACACAGAUUACAGUGAUUCGGUGUCCAGGAGAAUGGGUUUCAUUCCUCUUCCUCUAGCUGUGAUACUAACCAGAGUUGUCACAAGUUCUGUGAAAGUACAAGGAUCCUUGGCUUUCGUCUGUGUACUACUCUUCUAUUUGGGGUUAAUAACGCUCAAAGUCCUGAACAGCAUAGUGUUACUGGGGAAGUCCUGUUUGUAUGUUAAAGAGGCCAAGAUGGAGGAAAAGCUGUUUCAGACUCCACCAGCCACCACACCUGGCAAACCAUCUAACAAGUCAAAGAACAAAUUCCGAGCUCCCCCAGGUAUUCCAACAAAUAACAGUCUGUCUGCCUCAAUCACCAGCCAGCCUGUUCAUCAGUCAGAGAGCACGUCCCCUCUGCUCCCAAACAGCAACUCUGACCAGUUCCUCACAACCCCAGAUGCAGAAGAGAAGGACAUAACGCAAGAUGGGUCGGAGCUCAAACACAGAGCUUCAAAUAAGGAUCUGCUAGAGAUAGACAGGUUCACAAUAUGUGGAAACCGGAUCGACUAAUGCUUUCUGUUUCCCAUCAGAACUGCUCAGGAGUUUUGGCAUGGCAAACAAUAUACUGCCAACAACGUCAAUUGCCAAAGAUGGCACUAGAGUAUUUAUUGAAAUACUGAUAAUUUAUUGUCGACUAAAAUAAACAUUAUUUGCUCUUUUUUUUUUUUUCACAAUACGUCUGGAAACACUUGGUUGAAUUCAGAGUCUCGUGGGCGUGUAAAUGAUUUGAAGAAGAAAACAUUUGCUUGGUCUGGCUCAUCCACGCCACUGAAUGAACUCCAGCAGGGUAUGACACUUUAAUCCAGUCAGUAAGAUGAAGGCGGUGUUUUGAAGAGGUGUUUCCAGUAAAAACACACACUGUUCACAUUUUUUUUUUUCAAUAUACAAGGACAUGCCUAGGACAAUGAACUAAAAAAAAACAACAUGAAUGCAUUUUAAAUCCCCUUGCAUCACUAUAGAACGUUAUCUGUUCAGAAUACUGUCCUAGUAAUUAUUUCAAAUUAUUGUAAAAGUAGAAGAAAAAUAUUGCAGUUCAAGAUGGUAUUACACUGUUUGGAAUAGGAGAUAUAUAUAUAUAUAUAUAUAUAUAUAUAUAUAUAUAUACACACACACACACACACAGUGCUCACCCGUUAUAGUGUGGAAUCGGUUAUAACAUUGUAGGGUUGUGGCUCCCCUUUGCUCCAUAGUGCCAUUACAGUAGCCCUUUUAUACUCAUUAUAAGGCGGAACACAAAUAGCAUGGUAACUAUGGCUCCCCACUAUAGUGUUAUAAAGGGUGAGCACUGUGUGUGUGUGUGUGUGUAUAAUCUCAAAGAAUACUUUCCUGUUACCUGACAUUUUUACAUUGAGUUAAACACAUUUUUCCAAUGAAUUCCAAGUUGAAGUCAAGGAACAUUUAUUGUUGCUGUUUGCCAUUAUACUCCGUUAUACUCCGUUAUAAGGCUUGUUGAGAUAAUAUGAAUAUUCAAGAAAUCCUACAUAGGAAGAUGAACGUAAUUAUGUUGCCUAUUUCUAAUAUUUUAUUGUAAGCAGCUUUUUUCAGAGGACUUCAUGAAAAGGUAUAGUUUUUGUUUUAGGUUUGGCUUGCAUACUUUUCAUUUUUUGCACUGAAUUACCACAUUGUCUUAAUCUUUACUUUAAACAACAGUAGUAUACUGUAAAGCCAUAAAUAUUUGUGAGACUUUUAUUAUGCAUUUUUAUGUAUUGGGGGGAGCAAACUUUUUUGGCACGAAAUACCAAAUUCCACUAACAAUACAUACUUUGUAUAUUGCAACAGGUCGACAACAUUUUUGAAGCAAAAUUAGUUUUUAUGGGAGUGAUUCGCCAAAUAUAUUCUGGUCGCAAAUAUUUAUGGAAUUACAGUAUUCCCCUCAGGUGCUUUGUAACACCGGGCUUCUAAACAGGGUUUGAUCUAUUCCAUAUUGUUACUGUGUUUAUAUCAUACAAUGAAACGUUUCAGAAGAAAAACGUAUGUGUUUUUAAGUGAACAAGGAACUGACAAGUUUGUGUAAUUACACUGCACUAGAAAGUACUGCACCAGCAAAGCAGAGGAUGUGUAAAUGUGUUUGAUAGAACUGUUUGACCUGUAAUCAAAAAUAUAUGGACAUGAUAAAAAAAGUGCUUUGUUUUAUUGGAUUGUUUAAUUAUUGGACUUACGUUAUCCUUCAUGUAUUAGCUUAACUUGCAGAGCAGUUUCAUUGUUCAUACUAAGUAAAGGUAAACAAGGUGUGUUUUUUUUUGGUUUUUAUAUAUAUAUAUAUCUAUAUAUAUAUCUAUAUAUAUCUAUAUAUAUCUAUAUCUAUCUAUCUAUCUAUCUAUAUAUAUAUAUAUAUAUAUAUAUAUAUAUAUAUAUAUAUAUAUAUAUAUAUAUAUAUAUAUAUAUAUAUCUCCGAAAGUGAUUUAAGGUAUUAAGUAAUAUAGGAAAGACAAAAACUUUGGAUAAAAUCAACUAGACUAGGCUGAUAACAUCUCGGUUUGGUUUAAAGAAUAAAGUUGAUAAUGAGUGAAAAAGGCAUGCAUGCAUGCAUAUAUAUUAUAUUUUAUAUAUAUAUAUAUAUAUAUAUAUAUAUAUAUAUAUAUAUAUAUAUAUAUAUAAUGUGUGUGUGUGUUUUUUCUGCCAGAUCAAUAAACACACACCAAUAUUAAAAUGAAAAAAGAAAUACUUCAUUUCCAACCUUCUAUUUUCUUUUUUUCUAGCUCAGCUCGCAAAAAUGUUUGCAUUUACAUCAAUCAUAAAAUGAUGAAAAGAACUGUUGUACAUUUUGUGCAUGAAAUUAUGUAGGAAAUAGCAACAUUUUUUUUUACAGUUUGAGUAUUUGAUGUGUCGUAAAGUCAGUAAUGGUUUCGAUAACUUCAUUUUUCUUGUUAAAAAAAAGUGUAUUCUUUACCUUUGUAACAAAUGCACCUCAUUGUGGGGAAUGAUGAAAUAAAAGUUGUUUUAUAAUUUU